AUGGCCACUGCAACACACCUUGAGACGCUGAACGAUCGCAACCCGCCCGACCCGCCCGGUCGCGAUGCCGACUCGGACAACAAAGACGCGGGCAGCGAGGCAGCUCUGCCCGCAGAGCUGAUCUCGGCCGGCUCGCAGCACCUGCAUCGCAGACUCGGUGGCAAGGAGAUCCAGCUCUUUGCAGUUGGAGGUGCCAUUGGGACCUCUCUAUUUGUCCAGAUGGGUGCAUCGCUACCCAAGGGGGGCCCAGCCGGGCUAUUCCUGGGGUUCGUAAUCUAUGGAAGCAUCAUUGUUGCCGUCAACCAGUGUUUUGCGGAAAUGGUUACAUAUCUUCCCAUUGCGUCGCCGUUCGUGCGCCUUGCCGGCUUCUGGGUCGAUGAUGCACUGAGUUUUGCCAUGGGAUGGAACUACUUUUUCCUCAUGGCCUUCAAUAUUCCUUACGAGAUCACGGCCAUCCACGUGUUGCUCACGUACUGGACUGACAAGAUCCCCGUCGCGGCGGUGGUCGUGGUGUGUUUGGCCAUCUUUGCGGUCCUCAAUGGCCUCGCCGUGCGAUGGUUCGGGACAUCAGAGUUUUACAUGUCGAUAUUUAAGAUCUUUCUCAUGGUUGGCCUUAUGAUGUAUACCUUCGUCACCAUGGUGGGAGGAAACCCACGCCAUGAUGCUUACGGGUUUCGCUACUGGAACAAUCCCGGCGCCUUUGUCGAACACCUCGUGCCUGGGGACACGGGUCGGUUCCUUGGCCUACUUUCUUGCAUGAUACAAGGAUCGUUCACGAUGGUUGGGCCUGAGUUCAUUGCCAUGGCUGCUGCCGAGGCGGAGAACCCACGCAGGCUUAUGAAGAAGGCAUAUGCGUCAUUCGUUUGGCGCCUCAUGUUCUUCUUCAUCGGCGGAGCCCUCUGUGUCGCCAUUGUAAUCCCAUACAACGAUGAGAUGUUGGCAGGCUUCAUCGACGGGGACAAGGAGGGAAGCGGCACGGGUGCUGCGUCUCCGUAUGUCAUUUCCAUGGUGCACUUUGGCAUCAAAGGAGUUCCGGAUCUCGUCAACGCGCUGAUCAUGACAUCCGUCCUAUCGGCGGGAAACAAUGUCGUAUUCUCAGCCGCCCGAGUCUUACACGGCAUGGCCCUUGACGGGAAAGCCCCAUCCUUCUUUGCUAAGUGCACGAAGUUUGGAGUUCCCCUGUAUGCCGUCAUCGCUGCGUUGGCCUUCUGCCUGCUCUCACUGCUGCAGCUCAGCAAAUCCUCAGCCGAUGUCCUCAACUGGCUCGUGGGCAUCUGUACAGCGUCAUAUCUGCUCAACUACUUCGGGACGGUCAUCACGUACCUCCACUUCUAUUCCGCGCUCAAGCGACAGGGCAUCGAUCGCAAGACUCUUCCGUACCGGGGCUACCUGCAACCCUACGCGGCCUGGUACGCCCUAUGCGCAACAUUUGUCAUGAUGUUAGUGCUUGGAUACAACGUCUUUAUUGAUGGGGGAUGGAAUGUUACGACUUUUUUCACGAGCUACACAAUGGUCGGCCUGUUCCCUGCGGCUUUUGUUUUCUGGAAGGUCGUGCGGCGAACAUCCUACGUCCGCCCGGGCACUGCAGAUCUCCAACUUGGCUCAACCAAGAGUGACAUCGACCUGUACGAGGCUCUAUAUGAGAAGCCAAAGCGUGGCAAGGUAUCGGGGUAUCUCAACAGCUUCUUCGAGUAG